ACAAGAGUUAAAAAUUUGAGAUUUGUCCUUAAAUGUGUACUUCAGUACCCCUUAGCUAUUGCAGCAUACCGUAUUUCAAUCUAAGAUUAUCGGGCUGAGAUAUUUAGUGGUACAUUUAAGACGGGACACACUGUAUAUCACUGUAACGCAAACCGCAUCACCCACCCGCAUCCCAGGUGGAUGUUCCGUCUAUUAAGUAUUAGUAUAAGGUUUAUGGUUCAAGGCCACAACUACCCGAAUCGGCCAGUUUCAUACCCUUGGUUAUAUAAACGUCGACAACCUUGAGACCGCAUGCACUACUUCCUUCUAUAACCAAACAAUGUUACGCGUUAACGGGCAUGUACCCACAUGCAACAUCCCUGCAGGGACAAGCAGAUGUUUCCCCCACCAAAUAAUAUUCAAUGCAUACGUUUAAUACCAUAAAAUGAAAUCAGUCGCUCUACGUCUACCCCAGUGCUCCCGCGUUCGUCUCGUUUGCAGUGUUUAGAAUACAAUUAUUUUUUCAUUUUCUGUUAUUUAUACCAUUUAGUAGGUCAACCGUUAUAUGGUUUGAAUAUGUACUCGUAUCCAAAAAGUUUCAGAAUAAACCCGAAUGGCUGGUAUCACUAUUAGCCACGUAUUCAAGUUACGAUUUUGAAUAUUUUUUCCGUAAAAUUUAUCAGUAUGUCUACCAGUUAAAAUGCGAUCGUGAUCAUGCAGCAUACAUGAAACUUUCAUCUGGCAUACAAUAGUCUGGUUUUUGAUUAUAUUUCAGGGCCCGAACAUUUCGAUAAUUUAGCUUUAAAAAUGUAUGUAUAUAAAUGGUAUGAUAUUAAAAAUUUAGAAUUAAGAGACUUUAGGUUAGGAAAUAAUUAUUGGGAGAAUUUAACAUACAAUAUUUUUGUUAAACUUUGCACAAAUGUAAGUAUUAAUCAUUUAGGGUAUUUAGAUUUAGGUGUAAAUAAUAUCUGUACAAAAAAGCAAACUAAUAUAUUUCACCGGUUGGAUAUCGAAGUUGAUUAUACUAGACUUGAUGGAAUAUAUUAUUUAUAUCAACUGCAUAUACAAUUUCGGUGACGUAUUUAAUUUAGGUUAUAUCAAUAGUCAUCUGUAUGAGGAGGAGACUUGGUAAAUCCGCUAAUGAUUAUAUUCCAUAAAUAUUCUAGUUUGUAUAUUGUAGUUCGUAUAUAUUGUAGUUUUAAAAUAUUUUAGUUUGUAAAUAUUACUUCAUAUAUUACUUAGUGAAAAUAGGUCAGAACAAAAUCUUUUGUAAUCAUCGGUUUCUAUACACCAGAUGUCCGAACGUGUCUACGGUGUCGGUGUGUGACCACCAUGAUUGGUGGCGGGGGAAUUUCAUCACGUAGCGGACCUAUUGUGGUAGAUCACUUAGGUAGUACAUCCCUCGCUUUAGUAGGUAUUAUAACGAUAAUUUAACAUAUAGUAAUUUUUUCCCAUCCAUUUAAUUAAAAAUGUUUAAAUGCGAUCAUUGCACUUCGGAACUCUCGACAAAACGUAAUUUAACCACUCACCGAAAAAAGCAUUUAAAAUUGCUUAAAUGCGAUCAAUGUACUUCGGAAUUCAUGGCGAAACGUAAUUUAACCACUCACCGAAAACGCACGAGGGUGUUCGUUUCCCAUGUACAAAAUGCUCCAUUACAUUCAGUUACAAGUCAAACCUCAAAAAAACAUUUGAAAAAUUUUCAUGGUAUCGUACAAGCCCCGAUUCAGCAAAGAAAUAUUCGAAUCACACCGAAUACCAUCAUUCUCGGUUAUGCUCGUGCAUGGAAAUAUUCAGAUCACGCCGCAUAUAACCGUUCCCGAUAUUCUGGCUGGCCCGUCACGAAAUACCACGGUAAACGCUUCAGCAGUGGUACCAACCCGAAAUGAUCACUCGUCGACCGUGCAAGACUGCAGGGCGGAACCACCCACCCAAAAGCGAAAUUUUAAAACAUGUCACGGCGCAUUUAACAUCCGACAAUCUUAUCAGUUAUCACUUAUAAGAUAAAUGAUAACAAGUUAACAUUGAUAACAAAUUUAAAUUUUGUUUAUUACCUGGCCAAUUCAAUAUUGUUGAAUUUUAUUAUUAAUUAGGUAGUAUAAUCUUAGACCGUAAUUUUAUAUAAAUCAAUUAGUAUAAUUUCAAAGAAUGGAAGGUUUAAAUUCUAAGGUACCUGUCUAAACAUAAUUAAUAUGUAUAAUAUUUAUUUAUAAGUUUUUUUGAGGACAUUUAAAUUUUACAUGUUUAACCAUUUUUUUUGUUUGUUACAACUAACAUUAGUACUUUUUUUUUCUUUAAUAUUUAUUAUAUCUAUGUAUUGUAUUUAAGUGUGAAUUUUAGUCAUAAUAUGUAUAUUGAUGUAGGGACUACACUCUCAACAACAUUCUCACAUCUCACCUUCAACAUUAUGUUUUCUAACCACAUUCAAUUAUAGCAUAUUUAAUGUUUUGAUAAUACAAAAGUGUAAGACAUACAUGUGCAAUAAAUUAUUUGUUUAAUAUAAUUAGGUAUAGGCAAUAGCUCAAUCAAAAUAAAUUAAUAACAAUAAUUAUAAGCUUUAAGUACCUAUAGUUCCAAAUAUACAUAACCAAUACUAAAACUAUGUAAUGUGAUUAAGAAAAACAUUUUUUUUUAUACAUAUAAUCAACUACGUUAGAUAAAAUAUAAUAAACCAUGGUGAUAUUAUAAUCUUACCAUUUAAUGUUUAUGUUAAUCAUGAAUUGUAUAUUGUAUUUUAAUUUGAUUGGACUAAUCUGUUCCCUAAUUUGUAUGUUAAUGUGAUUGAUUAUAUCAUAUCCUAUGUACAAAAUAUAUUAUAUUUGUAAACUUGUAAUUUGUAUAUUAUGUACCAAGUAAAAUUUAUAUACGCCUAUUUUGUAGGUAUUUGUACUAAUAUAUGUUAUACUGUUAUUUGAUUA